UACGGCAUCUAGUGGGGACUAUUCUCCGAGAUACCCGUGAGCGGGAGGGACGGACUGAAGGUGAUGGGCGAUGGUGGGGAGGAGUGAAAUGAGUACGUCAGAGAAAAAGAGAAGCCCAGAAUCUCGUUCCCCUACAACUUGGCAAAAGCUUCAUACACCUAGAAAUUCAUCCAUACGAAUACCUUCUUUUUUGCCUCGAGACCGACUUCCCUAGAAUAGUUCUUAUAUCAAAUUGUUAAUUCAUUACUUUCUUAAUGUUCAAUUGAAUUAUGAGCUUCAGUUAUUAAUUGAGUAAAGAAAGUGUCACCAGCAAGUUUAAUGACAUACACAAGUAUGCUCCUACGCCAACCCGCCUCAUCUCUUGGGAGAAUUGGCAGCAAUCAUUCUCUACUACUUCGCAGAUCGCCAUAUUCUUCUGUCAGUCGAUCUGCACUAUCCUUCAGUUCUCUGCCGGGUCAAAAGUUCUCUACGGGUUCAAAAAGACCUCUAACAGCUAUCACAAACCCGGCGAAAUGGGGCAAACUUCCCAUAACACGAAAUGUUCGAUUCGUAUCUGGUAAACCUUUACCACAACGAAGGUCAAAAGCUUUGAACUUUCUAUAUCGAUCUGCGGCUUUGCUGGGAGGUUCGUUAAUAAUCUUGGGAGUUGGCGUUAUUGGUUUCUUCGUCUAUGAUGCUACGACAUAUCGUGAAGAUUUAUCUUACUCGGAUAUUUCAAUCUCAGAGCUUGCUUUGUCUCCGCGAUUGGGAGGUCCGAAGAAUUUACCCAUCGCUGAAGUUCAAAUUGACGAUGAUGAUUCUGAGGAAAUGCAAAUGCAGAAAGAUAAGCCAAAAUUGGUCAUUCUUGGAGGUGGAUGGGGAAGCGUUGCAUUGUUGAAGACUUUGAACCCAGAUGACUAUCAUAUCACUUUAGUUUCGCCCACCAAUUAUUUCCUCUUCACACCUAUGUUACCUUCUGCAACGGUAGGCACAUUGGAAUUUCGAUCUCUGGUGGAACCAAUUCGACGGAUUAUUACAAGAGUUAAAGGUCAUUUCAUAAGAGCUACGGCAGAAGACAUUGAGUUUUCGGAAAAGUUGGUAGAAUUGGCCGGGAAAAGUCCAGAUGGUAAAGAAGUUCGAUUCUAUUUACCAUACGAUAAAUUGGUUAUUGGGGUUGGAUCAACAACAAAUCCUCACGGAGUAAAGGGAUUGGAAAAUUGUCAUUUCUUGAAGGACAUUGAUGAUGCUCAAACUAUCCGAAAUUCGAUUUUGACCAAUUUGGAAUACGCAUGUUUACCAACAACAACUGAUGAGGAACGAAAGAGAUUGCUUUCUUUUGUUGUUAGUGGGGGUGGUCCUACUGGAGUAGAAUUCGCUGCCGAAUUGUUCGAUCUUUUGAAUGAAGAUCUCACAGCACACUUUCCUCGUAUUCUCAGAAAUGAGAUCUCCGUCCACGUUAUUCAGAGCAGAGGUCAUAUUCUGAAUACAUAUGAUGAAGCGGUAUCCAAAUACGCCGAGGAAAGAUUCGCUCGUGAUCAGGUGGAUAUUCUUACCAAUUCUCGAGUUCAGGAAGUCAGACCAGAUAAAAUUCUCUUUACGCAAAAGGGAGAGAAUGGUGAAUCAGUCAUCAAAGAAUUGCCCAUGGGAUUUUGUCUUUGGUCUACAGGUGUUUCUCAAACCCCAUUCUGUCAAAGAAUUGCUGCAGCACUUGGCUCCUCUCAAACCAAUCAUCAUGCUCUAGAGACCGAUACACAUCUUCGUCUAAAUGGUACACCAUUAGGAGACGUCUAUGCAAUUGGUGACUGCGCAACUGUCCAAAACAAUGUUGCUGAUCACUUGGUUACUUUCCUCCGAACUCUCGCAUGGGAAAAAGGACAAGAUCCUGAGAAAGUCCAACUCACAUUCCGCGAUUGGCGAGACGUUGCACAAAGAGUCCGAAAGAGAUUUCCUCAAGCUGCAGAUCAUCUCAAACGUGUGGAUAAACUCUUCCAAGAGUUUGAUAAAGAUCAAUCCGGCACUCUCGAUUUUGGCGAAUUAAGAGCACUCCUCAUGCAAAUCGAUAGUAAACUUACGUCGCUUCCUGCCACCGCCCAGAGAGCUCAUCAACAAGGUCAAUAUCUAGGACACAAAUUCAAUAAAAUGGCAAGAGCAGAACCGGGAAUGAGAGUUAAUGAUAUGCGUGAUGGAGAUUUGGACGAAGCUAUCUACAAAGCUUUUGAAUAUCAUCAUUUGGGUAGUUUGGCUUAUGUGGGAAAUUCGGCCGUCUUUGAUCUUGGAGGAGGAUGGAGUUUUGCGGGAGGACUCUGGGCGGUAUAUGCUUGGAGAAGUGUCUAUUUUGCGCAGAGUGUGAGCUUUAGAACCAGGUGUUUGUUGGCGAUGGAUUGGGCUAAGAGAACACUUUUCGGAAGAGAUCUGAUGAAUUGGUAGAUUCGUCUACCGAGGGAUUACUAGGGAAGGGAUACUUGGAAAGAAUGGCAGGUGGUGAAUUCGAUUUGUAUUAUAGGAUAGGGUUGGAUAGGAUGGGGUUGAGGACGGAUCAGAAAAUUUCUUCAAGCAGUACGGGUACUGAUUAGCUAGAAUGAUUCUAAAAGCGGUUUAAGGAAGAAUGGGAAAAUGGAGGGGAGGAAAAAGACUCUGGAUUCUAGAAUAAUUGAUAUUGGAGUUUUUCUGUGUGUUUUUUGGUGUGGAUUGAUAUGAAAUUAGUUGGUGGAGUUUGUUUGGUUGGUUGUUUGGUUUUGCAGAUAGAUAGAUAGAUAGGUAAAUACUUGGGUAGUAAGUAUAGUAGCUACCCAACUACCUCCUCCCUAUCUAGGUAGGUAUUAGAAAGAAAUGUAUUACUCCUCU